AUGGCUACACCAAAUGUCUUGUUCUGCACACAACUGGAUUUUAUUUUCACGUGUUCUUUUUUGCGAUUAAAGGAUCUUUAUCAGAUUCCUCAAACAACCCGAAACCCGGCACGUGAAUCAGCUUCUACGGUAUCUGUGGAGGAAAAUCAUACGAUCUCAAAACUACUUCCUGCCACUUACCACCGUCCUUCAGCAGUAACCGUCUCCAACCACAUCAGUAACUUAAAUGGCAAGGAGCACAGAAAGAGAAUAGAAGCAACCGUCCAACAUCCUCAAAAGCAACGAUUCGCCUCGCCUAGCAACCUUAUUCCUAUUAGAGAGCUAUCAAAUGCCGAGUCGCCCAGAGUCAAAAUUCGUUCAGGACUCAAUAUAUCCUCGAAUGCGCAGUCGCACAACAGAGAAAAUAGCAAUGCAAUAGUACAUAAUUAUGUCAGGAGUAGGUACAGAAUGGGCAGCAAGGCCUCUGUGAAUUCAUCUACGGCUCCCAUCGAAACUAUGCCUAGUACCAUGCCCAAUAUUUCAAGUGACUCUGGUUGCUGGCCUGAUGGUAACUUGAGUUUUCAUCCUAACCAUACAACUCAUUCAGAUCAUGUGAUAUCAACCUCUAUCACUGUCCCAGUAUCAAGCCAGUCAGCGGUGAUAGGGCCUCGAGUGCGUAGGUUGCCAGGACAGAGCACAAAGUCGACCAAACACGGCGCUCUGCGUAUCAUGGCGGAACAGACGGGCAACGUUAACGAGAAUGUCAGAGUUCAGUAUGGAAGUGCUUCUGUGUCACAUGACGAAAACAUGAGAAUUGUGAAUUCUGGGCAUCCGAAGAUAACAAGGCUGAAACACAUUAGACAGGUGAGAAGGGUUCAUCUGAUAAAGUUGCAAGAUAGUAAAGACACUUACAUUCAGGAAGCAAAAGUUUGCCGAUAUGAUAUAGCCUGUAUGACGUUCGGUGUAAACUGGUAUUCAGGGGUUGUCCCAGUCAUAGCAUAA